AUGAACCUAACCCUCAUCCUCGCCCUCCUGGCUACCCUAGCAGCCUCCAUCCCAGCCGACGGCCCAAGCUUCACAGACAUCUAUAACCCCCAGUGCUACAAGGACACCGACUGCGGAACCGGGUGCUGCUACAACGGUCUCUGUCUCGCUUACUGUCUUCACAACGAGGAUGACGUUCACACGGAACUAGUCCGCAGUUUCAUCGAUGAAUCCCGCCUCCACACAGAAGGAGACAUGGACAUCACCGCCCCGGUAUGCCACACGAACAGAGACUGCGGGAACGGGUGCUGCUACCACGGUCUCUGUCUCGCGUAUUGUCCGAAUGAUUUGGCCAAGCGGGGCGAUGGGGAUGCUACUUGGCGUUAG